AUGGGCUUCCUGCACCAGCUCCACCUGCUCCUGUGGAAGAACGUGUCGCUGAAGCUCAGAGGACCCUGGGUUUUGGCCUUUGAGAUCUUCAUCCCUCUGGUCCUGUUCUUCAUCCUCCUCGGACUCAGACAGAAGAAACCGGCCAUUCCUGUCAAAGAAGCGUUCUACAGCGCCGCCCCUCUGACUUCCGCUGGUAUCAUCCCCGUCAUGCAGUCGCUCUGCCCCGAUGGACAGAGGGACGAGUUCGGGUUCCUGCAGUACAACAACUCCACGGUCACUCAGCUGCUGGAGAGGAUCCAGGAGGUCGUGGAGCAGAACCGGAUCUUCUCCUCAGAUGGACCGGCUUUAGGCACCGAGCUGGAGAACCUUCAGAAACACUUGCAGAACCUCAGCUCUGCGCCUGAAGAUCUCGCUCUGAACCACAGCUCAGGCUUCUCUCUGUCGGAGGUGCUCAGUGACCCGGCGGCGUUCCACAAGUUUCUUAUCUCAAAUCUUUCUCUGAGUGAAUCCUCGGCUGAGUUUCUGCUGCAGCGACGCCUCAGCUCGGCCCAGGUCCACAGUCUGAUUUUUGGAACAUCGCGAAAAGAUGAAAACGUGCGCAAGCGAAGAGGCUCCAGCUCUGAAGCAAAGAUCCACCAUCUACAGGAGGCGCUUCUGGGCGGAGUGCGUGGUCUACACAGAGGACUCCUGGACCGGGUUCUUCUGGACCCCAGGUCCGCGGCCCAAAGACCGGCUCUCCUCCGAAUAAUGUCCAGAGUCCUGGGUCUGACGGAAUCAAAGGACCAGAAGCAAGACCAACAAGCACUCAAGGAGGCCCAGCCAGACUCACUCUGUUUGCAGGGCGUCCUCUUGACCGGCUCCACACUGCAGUCCCUCACCUGUGCAGAAGAGGGCGCUGCUCUCGCUCAGCUCCUAUUGGCUCCUGAGGUAGAAGGGGCGGAGCUUCAGGCGUAUCGCGAGUCACUGUGCGGCGGGCUCCAAGAUGAAAGGUCAAAGAAGUUUGAACAGCUGAGCGCAGAGCUGCAGGAGCAGAUCGACAACGACAAACUCAACCACAAGCUGUCCCUCUGGCCUGCUCCUGGCUCCCCGCUGCCCCCGUCUGGUCUCCGCGUAUUACUGCAAGACCUGGCUGAAGUAGAGCGCCUCCUGCAGGACGUGGAUCUGCUGUCGGGUUUAGCUCGACUGCUGCCCAAAGGAGCCUGUGCCAAACGGUCUAACCGGACGUCCCCCUCCCCCACCACCUCUUCUUUGCCCCCAAACGCCACCACAGCAGCCGGGGGCAACAGCACAGAGACCCCAGGGACAGAGGAGGGCCACGGGGGGGCAGGGCGGAGUCGAACUGACAACCCGCACUCGCAAUUCUCCGCCUUUGUCCAGCUGUGGGCCGGACUGCAGCCCAUCCUCUGCGGAAACAACAGGAGGAUCGAGCCUCAAGCGCUGAAGCAGGGAAACAUGAGCUCUCUCGGCUUCACCUCCAAAGAGCAGAGGAACCUGGGGCUGCUGGUCCACCUCAUGACUACAAAUCCCAAAAUCCUCUACUCUCCCAUCGGCUCAGAGGCCGACAAAGUUAUCCAGAAGGCCAACGAGACGUUUGCAUUUGUGGGAAACCUCACUCACUUCACUCGUCUGUGGCUCAACAUCUCUGCUCAACUCAGGAACCUGCUGCAGGAGAAUUCUCUGCACAGUCACCUGCUCUGGCUUCAGCAGCUGUCCUCUGAGCUGCAGAGACGGCCUGGUCUCUUGGACCCGGACCAGGACCUGGACCAGGACCUACUUGCGUCUCUGACCAAAGGGAAUUACUCUGUGCCGGACCGAAGCACGCUCCUGCAGCAGCUGGACAUCAUCGACAAUGCAGCAUGUCAGUGGAAUCUCUUCAUGGACAAGGUGAGCGUGGACGUGUUUAAAGGUUUCCCAGACGAGGACAGCAUCGUGAACUACACCCUAAACCAGGCCUACCAUGACAACGUCUCCGUUUUCGCCAGUGUGAUCUUCCAGAUGGAUCGCAGCGGCUCGUUGCCUCCUCACGUUCUGUACAAGAUCCGUCAGAACUCCAGUUUCACAGAAAAGACCAACGAGAUCCGCAGAGCGUACUGGAGACCGGGGCCCAACACCGGGGGAAAAUUCUACUUCCUCUACGGCUUUGUCUGGAUCCAAGACAUGAUCGAGAGGGCCAUCAUCAACACGUUUGUUGGACACGAUGUGGUGGAGCCCGGGAACUACGUCCAAAUGUUCCCCUACCCCUGCUACACCCGCGACGACUUCCUGUUUGUGAUCGAGCACAUGAUGCCUCUCUGCAUGGUGAUCUCCUGGGUCUACUCUGUGGCCAUGAUGAUCCAGCACAUCGUGGCCGAGAAGGAGCAUCGGCUCAAAGAGGUGAUGAAGACGAUGGGCUUGAACAACGCUGUACACUGGGUGGCCUGGUUCAUCACCGGCUUCUUGCAGCUCUCCGUCUCCGUGACCGCUCUGACCGCCAUCUUGAAAUAUGGCCGAGUCCUGCUCCAUAGUGACCCCCUGAUCAUCUGGCUCUUCCUCUCCAUCUACGCCACCGCUACCAUCAUGUUCUGCUUCCUGGUGUCGGUGCUCUACUCUAAAGCCAAACUGGCCUCUGCUUGUGGAGGAAUCAUCUACUUCCUGAGCUACGUGCCGUACAUGUACAUCGCCAUCAGAGAAGAGGUGGCCCACGACAAGAUCACCGCCUUCGAGAAGUGUAUUGCUUCCCUGAUGUCCACCACCGCCUUCGGCCUGGGCUCCAAGUACUUUGCCCUCUACGAGGUGGCGGGCGUGGGAAUCCAGUGGAGGACCAUCUGCCAGUCUCCAGUAGAGGGCGACGAUUUCCACCUGGGCCUGUCCAUGAUGAUGCUGGUGUUGGAUGCAGCGCUCUACGGCGUCCUCUGCUGGUACAUCGAGGCUGUGCACCCAGGCAUGUAUGGCCUGCCCCGGCCCUGGUACUUCCCCUUGCAGAGGUCCUACUGGACGGGCAGCAGCCGCGUGGACACCUGGGAGUGCUGCGGAGGGAGGAGCACCCACCUCAGCAUCAUGGAGGAGGACCAGGCCUGUGCCAUGGACCAGCGCAGAUCUGAGGAGCUGCGAGGGCUGGAGGAGGAGCCCAGUCACCUGCCACUGGUCGUCUGCAUCGACAAACUCACCAAAGUUUACAACAAAGACGGAAAAGUGGCCCUGAACAAACUGAGCCUGAACCUGCACGAGAACCAGGUGGUGUCCUUUUUGGGCCACAACGGAGCCGGCAAGACCACCACCAUGUCGAUUCUCACCGGGUUGUUUCCGCCCACUUCCGGUUCGGCGACCAUUUAUGGGCACGACAUCCGCACAGAGAUGGACCGGAUCCGUCAGAACAUGGGCAUGUGUCCGCAGCACAACGUCCUGUUCGACCGCCUCACCGUGCACGAGCACCUGUGGUUCUACUCACGGCUCAAGGGCGUGCACGAGGACGACAUCCGCAAAGAGAUGGACAAGAUGAUCGUGGACCUGGGGCUGUCACACAAGCGCCACAGUCUGGUGCAGACUCUCUCCGGAGGCAUGAAGAGGAAACUGUCUGUGGCCAUCGCCUUUGUAGGAGGUUCUAGAGCAGUGAUCCUGGACGAGCCCACAGCCGGAGUGGACCCCUACGCCCGAAGAGCCAUCUGGGACCUGAUCCUGAAGUACAAGCAAGGGCGGACUAUCCUGCUGUCCACACACCACAUGGAUGAGGCAGACCUGCUCGGGGAUCGGAUCGCCAUCAUCUCCCACGGCCGGCUGCAGUGCUGCGGCUCGCCCCUGUUCCUGAAGAGCACCUACGGAGACGGCUACAAGCUCACGCUGGUCAAGAGGCAGAGCGACCGAGACCCUGCGCAGCCUCCUCCCUCUCCCCUCACCCCUCCCUCUCUCUGCUCCGAGCCCAGGGUCACUCAGUUCCUGCGUCAGUUCGUUCCGUCCUGCCUCCUGGUGUCGGACUCAAACACAGAGCUGUCCUACAUCCUUCCCACAGACGCCGCGAGGAAAGGCGGCUUCGAGCGACUCUUUCAGGCCCUGGAGAGCAGCCUUCACAGCUUGGCCCUGACCAGCUUUGGGCUGAUGGACACCACACUGGAGGAGGUGUUCCUGAAGGUGUCUGAGGAGGACCUGUCUGUGGAGAACACCGAUGCAGAAGGUUUUGUGGGGUUCCUCAUCACGCUCCUCUGUCAGUACAACUUCCUCCGCAAACCUCCCCGUGUUCCGGUGAGCGUUCAGCCCAUUGACGACGAUGACGAAGAUGUGGCAUGUGAGCGGAGGAGAGUCCUGCGUGGAGACGCGGACCAGGACGUGCUGAAGAUACAGAACCUCACCAAGGUGUACAAGUCUCGUAAAAUGGGUCGUAUCGUGGCCGUGGACCGCCUCUGUCUCGGCGUCCGUCCCGGCGAAUGUUUUGGUCUGCUGGGAGUGAACGGAGCCGGAAAAACCUCCACCUUCAAAAUGCUCACAGGAGACGAGAGCACGACCGGAGGAGAGGCCUUCAUCAGCGGAAACAGUGUGCUGAAGGAGCUGUUGCGUGUUCAGCAGAGUAUCGGAUACUGUCCUCAGUUCGACGCCCUGUUCGACGACUUGACGGCCAGAGAGCACCUGCAGCUCUACACUCGCCUGCGGGGGGCGCCCUGGAGCGACCAGUCCAGGGUGGUGGAGUGGGCGCUGCAGAAGCUGGAUCUGUGUGAAUACGCAGACGAGCCGGCCGGGACGUACAGCGGCGGAAACAAACGCAAACUGUCGACCGCCAUCGCCCUGAUCGGCUUCCCCCCACUCAUCUUCCUCGACGAGCCCACCACAGGAAUGGACCCUAAAGCUCGUCGGUUUCUAUGGAACCUCAUCCUCGACAUCAUCAAAACAGGACGCUCCGUGGUGCUGACGUCACACAGUAUGGAAGAGUGUGAGGCCCUCUGCACGCGGCUCGGCAUCAUGGUCAACGGACGCUUCAAGUGUUUGGGAAGCAUCCAGCACCUCAAGAACAGGUUUGGAGACGGGUAUAUGAUCACAGUGAGGACCAAAGCCAGUAACAAUGUGAAGGAAGUGGUUCGCUUCUUCAACAGAAACUUCCCCGAGGCACUGCUCAAGGAGCGGCACCACACUAAAGUCCAGUUCCAGCUGAAGUCUGAGCGCUUGUCCCUGGCCCAGGUCUUCAGCAAGAUGCAGCGCGUUGUGGAUCUGCUCGGGAUCCAAGACUAUUCCGUGAGCCAGACCACACUGGACAAUGUAUUUGUGAACUUUGCAAAGCAGCAGAGCGAUAACCUUGAUAACCAGCAGGAGGUGGCGCCCCCUGCUGCUGGACAGUCUCCUUUGCAGCGGAUCCUGAGUCUGUUGAAGUCCCGCUCGGUCCAGACUGAACUGUCAGCUCUGAUCAGUGACGCACCGGAGGAGAUCAGUGACGACGAGGGGCUCAUCAGCUUUGAGGAAGAGCGGGUGCAGUUGUCCUUUAACACAGACACUUUGUGCUGA